ACCAACAUCUCACACAUGACUCAAGCGAAGACUAUGAGCUUCGUGUGGACCCCACUCUUUAAUGAACCUUCCCUUACUCUACCCAUCGCACUUAACUUAAAUUCAUCCUCUCCUCGCUCCUCUCUCACAUCUCUCCCACCACCACCCAUGGAAACCACUCGCCAAAACGGACCAAUAUUAUGUCGUUUUUUUCUUUAUCUCUUCUUCUUUAUGCUUCCGCUGGCGGCGGCGCAACCGGGAACGACCGACCAAAAUGAAUCUUCCUAUUACAACCGCUUCAGCCCCUCCAUGGCCAUCAUAAUCGUCAUCCUCAUCGCGGCCUUGUUUCUCAUGGGCUUCUUCUCCAUCUACAUCCGCCACUGCUCCGACUCCCCCUCCGCCAGCAUCCGCAACCUCGCCGCCGCUGCCGGCAGGUCCAGGCGCGCCUCGCGAGGCCUCGACGCCGCCGUCAUCGCCACCUUCCCCACGCUCGAGUACUCCGCGGUCAAGAUCCACAAGAUCGGAAAGGGGACCCUGGAGUGCGCGGUGUGCUUAAACGAGUUCGAGGACACCGAAACGCUGCGUUUGAUCCCCAAGUGCGACCACGUCUUCCACCCUGAGUGCAUCGACGAGUGGCUUGGCUCCCACACCACGUGCCCCGUUUGCCGCGCCAAUCUCGUUCCCGAGCCCGGUGAGUCCCUCCACGGCCUUCCGAUUUUCCCCGACGUCCAAGCCCAACAGAGCGAGGCCCAAACCGAGGCCCAACUCGACCCCGUCCAGCCCCCCGCCCCUGAACUUAAAGACUCCACGGAAGAACCCCCGCAGGUCUUGUGCUUGAACCAGACGCUGAACCGGAACCGCACCAGAGGAUCCCGGUCGGGCCGCCCUCGUCGUUUCCCGCGUUCUCACUCGACCGGUCAUUCUCUUAUCCAACCGGGCCAAGAUACCGAACGGUUCACUCUAAGGCUUCCCGAGGAAGUAAGAAAACAAAUACUACUGAACCCUCAGUUGCAACGGGCGAGAAGUUUGGUUAUCUUACCGACAGAGAGUAGUUCGCGGCGGGGUUACCGAACCGGCGAGGGAAGUAGUCGAGGAAGGUCUUCGAGGCUUUUGGACCGGGGAUUUAAGUCGGACCGGUGGGUUUUCACGAUGGCGCCGCCUUUCUUAGUUAGAGCAUCGUCAAUUAGGUCUCCCAGGGUGGCGAAUAACGCCGCCGACGCGGGAACCUCCGCUGCGCCGCCGCCGCCGCCGCCUACUGUGGAAUCUGUUUGACUUUUCGCCCUUGCAAGACUUCAAUUUGUGAUGUAUCUAUCAAACGAAAAAUUCAGCCACGAUUUUUUUUUUUUUUUUUAAUUUAAAAUUUGUAAGAUGUGUAUAAUAUUUUGCACAUUUGCUUUUCCUUGAAGAUGAGUAGCUGGAAUUCUGAAUCAUGAUAAUUUGGUAAGUCA